AUGGCGAAAGCUUCCCAUACAUUGCAAAAAGGUGCUGUCGUCCAACACAUCGCCAAAGCCCACAACCUGAAAGGUCGACUGCCUGAAAGGAGCAUAGAAUCUUUGGCAACAACCAUUCGUUUCGUCCCGCUGAGCUGCCGGUCGCUGUCAAGUGAACUCCCACAAACCACCCUAUCUAGGCUAUCUAGGCUUCUGCGAGAUCUCUCUGUGCCGUUUGGUGCACUGCAGGAAACACGCAUGAGAGAUCGGCCUGUCAUCAGCAUCGAAAAUUACACUAUAUACCGCGGUGAUGCGGAUGAGAAGAAAAUAGGUGGCUGCGAGGUAGCUGUGAGGAACGAUUGCAACAACCUAGUGGAGGAAUUUGGCUCAACGUCGUCUAGAUGA